AUGAGAAGGCAUCUGAGCGGCACGACUUGCACUUUUACUAGAAAAUAUCGCCUUGUGAACUGUUGCGGAACAGCCGGAACAGCUUGCUGUACCUAUAUUAAAACCAGCAACGGUCUAUGGGAUCUACAGCAGCUCUCUAACAAUUCUAGGCAUACUAUUCGAAGGCUAAAGGAGCAUGGGAAAAUUUUUAUUUUCCAACCAAUCAAAGAUAGCACAAUUUCGGGCCGAAUCUUUUUACUAGCUACGGAGUACGUGUUAGGGAUGCACGCGGUGCGGGUUGGGUACAACCCGCAAGUGAAAUUUUAUGUAUUUUUUAACCUGCGCGGUGGCGCGCAAACCCGCGCGGGUCCUACUAGUAGUUCUAGAACCCGCAGCCCGCUGUGGGUUGCGGUGCGGGUUAACCACCCUAGGCCUAAAUGGACUACUACCAUGGACCUUCUAAUAGAGAAUGAGUUUUCAUUCCAAAGGGGACCUAUCAAGGCGUCAGUGAAAGUGUGA